CAAGAACUCCGCAAAAUGCCUUUCUAGAAAAAACGAGCCCGUGCCACCGUGUCAGAGGGUGUCAGAGGUCAUGUCGUGGCUUUGCUGUGCAAGUGAGGAGGGCUUCUGCCAAGCAGGGCCUGAAGGAAAGACCAUGACGAUCGGCUACAGCGGCUACGGGGCCGCCGAGCAGGUUGGAGUGGUUGUGACGAAGCUAGACCUCAGUCUCGGAUCCAAUGUGGGAGUGGCCUUUGACGUUCAGGACAAGUCCUUUCCUGUGGUGAAAGAGGUCUACGGCGGACUGCUGCAGGUGUGGAACAGCAGCUGCUCUCCAGCUGAGAUGGUGCAGGUGAACGAUCGAUUGAUCGAAGUGGAUGGCCAGCAAGGCAGUAAGACGGAGCUUUGUGACCGCCUCCAAGAGCGCAAGGAUGCCGGGGACGGGGUGUUGGAGCUGAAGUUCCGACGUCCUAGGGAGAAGAAGGUGGUCCUCAGCAAGACCGAAGGGAAGGAGUUCGGGAUCACCCUGAACUACUUCAAAUCGGCAUCCAAAGUGCUCAUUGCAGGCUUGGACGAGGACGGCUUGGUGCAAGACUGGAACCUGGCACAUCCGGAGACGCCGGUCAAGAGGGGGGAUGUCAUCAUCGAGGUGAACGGCCUGCGAGACGAUGUGACGAAGAUGGUGCUGGAGAUGAAGAACUCAGAGCAGCCUUCGCUGACCUUGUUAGAAUAUUAGAAAUCCCGAUGGGGAUCGAGUACCCACGUCUUUCAGACAUUGCCACAUGUGGGGUUCGGACACGAAUAGUCAUUUAAAUCGCUAUAUCGA